GAGUCUUCUAGACCAAUUAAGCAGUCUUCAAAUCAACUUCUGCUUGCUGAGAUUUAUCUAAAGGAAGAACCAACUUAAAAAGCUACCUGUUAAUAUGACUUCAAUCAGGGAUAUUACUAAAUCUGCAUUCAUUUUAUAUGCCAUCUGUUUCUUCAUAAAUUCUGAUGGAAAAGCUGUGAUGAAGAGGUCUGUAAGUGAAGUCCAGAUUAUGCAUGAUUUGGGGGAACACCUACAUUCAGCAGACCGGCAAAACUGGCUCCUUGAGAAACUGCAAACUGUGCAUCAUGAACCUGAGGCUAUUGAAGAAGCUAAGCCCCGGGAAGUGAGGAGUUGGAGACUGCGCCCUGAUCACGGGAAGCCAAAAAUGCAGAAGAAACCAAAGGAUUGGAACAAAGGUUAUAAAGAUAACACCUUCAAAACCAAACCACAGUGAAAGUAUCACAGCCUUUCUUUCGAAUUCAGUAGUAAUGAGCAAUUAGGGCAUUUUAUUAUUUAUUAUUUAUAAAACAACGAUGUCUAAGAGGAUAUCUGCAUAAUGUCACUUGUUGAAAAUUGGAUGUACUUAUUUUGUGCAUUUUAUUUCCAUUGCCUAUAGUCAGUGGCUCCCAUGUCUUACACUGUUUCUUCAAUUGUCUAUGUAGCUUACAAGACGAAUUGUGACAUCACAUUGAGUAAUCUACAUUACUAAAUUACUAAAUUCCAAAGGCUAAAUGACAAAGACCUUUCCCUGGUGAUAUUUUUUUUAUUGCUUUGGAAGCUUCAUUUCCAGAUUUAGCACAUUAACAUAUCAUAGUAAGAAAGGAAUGCAUAAAUCCUGGCAAUUCUAUUUAGGUUGCUCUCCAGAAGAUGACAAUACAAGAAAAAUAUGCAGUAGGAACAACUGGGACCUUGUCCUUGGAGAAUCAUGCUUUAGUUACUUUUUAAAAUCCUAACACAAUGAAAAUAAUUUAAGGGUUAGGGUCAAAUAUCUAUUUUAUCUCAUGGGAACAUGUUAUUUCAUAAUAUUGAAAUCUGAAGCACCACUUGGAUAUGGAGGAACAUGCAGUAGUACAUGCCUAUUUCUUCAUAUUUUUACCAUAUAUAGCUAUGGUAUUUCAACAAUGACAUGAUUAGGUAGUAAUCCCUCAUCAUUAAAACAAUCCAACUAAACAACCCUAUAAAAGAACUUUCAAGUUACCUAAAUCUGAAAUUUUGGAUAUAUUUCUCUAGAAAGCAAUUUUUGUCAAGAAAAAAAAAAGAUCUAUGUAGAAACCUAGUUUGAACCUACACAUAAUUUCUUGGUCAUAGAACUUAGUGGAACUAAUUUUGGAAUAAAGACAGUAUGAAUGGGCUCAAGCACACAAAGAGCCAUAAAACAUGCUGGUCAUUGCAUUUAUUCCAGAUGAACUAGGCUAGCUUUUUAAACAUCAGAAUCAUACUCUAUACUGAUUUAUCAAAUAUGGUCUUUAUAUUCCUUUCUCUUAGAUUUUGCAACUCAGACAUUCUGCAAAAGUUGGUUAAUAAAUAAUAAAUAAUAUAAAUAUAUGUUCACCAUUUUUAAUCUAGAAGUGAAUAAUCUGAUAAUCAUUGUGCUGCAUCUGCAACUGAUGUUCUGGCUUCUUUACAGCCUCUGGCAAAGUUUUUAACUGAGUCAGAAUAUUCUUUUGUACCUUAACUGACUUGAUCUGACAACAAGGAAUUACUCUAAUACAGACCCUUGAAUUUGCAGAAAUCUACACUGCAUUCAGUAGUAUUCCAUGGGAACAGGGUUCAGUUAUGAGAUAUUGUGUGUUUAUGGAUGCAAGACUUUAAAAAUGCACCUUUUAUUUAUUCUUUUGUUGUAUGUUCACAUCUAUCUUACACAAAUUCAAUUUAAUUCCUUUAUAACUGUAUCUUGCUAAUGCCUUAUCAAAUAAAUGGACCAAAAGCUGUUGGACAGUAGUUAAAAAGCAAAA